AUGGGGUGCCCCAUGGCCCCAGAAAUAGCCAAUCUGUACAUGGAGGCUUUUGAGUUGCAAUACAUUUAUGAGAACAUCCUGGAACACCGACUUUGCCCUCGCUGGCAUUGGAUUGUCCUGCAGGUUGGAUGGGCUGGAAACAUCAUCUUGGUGGCAGCAGUGAUAGCGCUGGGAGUUUGCGUUAUGAAUAAAAAUUCACAGCAUCCUGAACAAGGAGCCAUGUUGUUCUCACAUAAUGCACAUAAAUACAGUCAUGAUGGAAGAAACAAAACCCUGGAGGAUUUCAAGUCUAUCCUGAAACAAAAAUUGUGUGAGGCUGCAACAGCAUCCACAGAGAAUGGAAGUUGCCAUCUGUGCCCUGUGACAUGGCUGCUGCACAGGCAUAAAUGCUACUGGUUUUCUAAGUCAAUUCAAAACUGGAUGCAGAGCAAGGGAGACUGUGUAGCGAAGAAAUCUCAGCUGCUAGUGAUACAUGACGAGGAAGAGAAGGAAUUCUUACAGAAAAAUAUAGUAGAGAAAGUAUGGAUUGGGCUUCAUGUCACACCGCAGGAGAAGAAAUGGAUCUGGAUAAAUGACUCUCCCUUAAAUCGGACAUUGUGA